AUGUCCAAGAUCGCCUGGGCCUUCGACAUCCGCGCCGACUCGACCGCGCCGCCACUGGACCGGGACGUCGAGACGGUAUACUCGCACGGAUUCGUGAAGGGGCCUCAUUCGUUCACCGUCUCGUUCACGGACCGGUCAACGCAACACCAGGAAACCAUCCUCCGAGAAAGACCCAACGUGUCUCGCGGGAGCAUAAUUCCACCCGUCACCGUCUCACUACCCUUCAACGACGUUACUGGCUCCUCAAUGUCGCUGAAGAAUUACGUGCUUUUGAACUCGCGUGAAUGCUUGGCAGCCACGAAUCAAGGCGACCUGUUUCGACUGACUUUCGACGAGGACAAGCUGGACUGGGUCAAAUUGAUGCCGAAUUCAGGGAGAGGCGGCCUUUUGCUCUGUCCGAUUGGAAGCUUACAGCUCGUUCUAAUUGCAUAUCAAAGAGGUGGGCUUUCUGCUUUGCUCACCGGUCACGACUCUUUAAUACCCGUCAAAUGCGAACUUGAAUGUGCAAUCUCUUGGAUACGACUCGCCUCUCUGCAGUCGACAGUACUAACAACGUCAACAAUUUGCGUUGUUGCCGUAUUGGCGAACGGGAAUGCUGUCAUCCUCUGGGUGAGCAUGAACGACGAUUCCGUUCAGGUGAGGCAAACACCUUUGGACACACCUGAAACUUUCACCAUCACAUCCUGUUGUUACGACAGUUCAAGCGAGGUGCUGGUUCUCGGAUCCCGCGCUGGUGCACUUGCAAUCUACUCUCAAGUAAAACCUCAAUCUGAAACGUCUGGAGAACCGUCCUGUCUCCGCCAUGCCCAUGGCACGGAUAGUGUUACUUCGAUCACUAUUCUGCGGAAAGCUCCAGAACCUUUCACAGAAAAGGCCUAUAUCCUGACGACAGGGCGUGACGGGUUCUAUGCAAUUCAUCGUGUCGAUUGGCCAUCAUCCAAAGACAGCCUACAGCCCACUGUGGCAGCCGUUCACCGGUCUGCGCUCCCCUUUGGCCCUAACAUCGAGGAUGCUUUCCUUACAUCACCUGCAGGAUCAUCGCCUGAGACAGAGCCAGAUUUGGUUCUCUAUGGCUUCCGUUCGACGUCCUUUGUCGUCUGGAAUGAAACCCAGCAGUCUGAAAUAUUAGCUGUUGAAUGUGGCGGAUCUCACCGAAGCUGGGCGUUUCGCGACUCUUCCUUAUUUUGCGACGGCGUCGUAAAAUCCUUCGUCUGGACUAAAGCUGGCAUGUUGAACUGGUACUCGGCUCCAGGUCCCAGCCAUCAAAUAGUUCAGAAAGGAGGGCAAGGGCGCGAGAUCAAAGCCGUGGCACGCAGCCCAUUGCCCUAUAAUCCCCGCAAAAAAGGACACCGCCCUUAUAUUCUCAUAGCCACAGGAGCUGAAGACACCAACAUCCAGCUUUUUGCUAUACCCCGUUCUGCGAAACCCGUUUCCCAACCCUCACCAACCGGAGAAUCUGGAUCAAAUGACUCCUCUGCCUUUUGGGCGGUGUCGACCCUCAAGCAACACACCACAGGUAUCCAACACCUCCAAUUCUCUCCAUCUGGUGAAUACCUCUUUAGCAGUGGUGGGUGCGAAGAAUUCUAUGUGUGGAAACUCAGUUUUGAUGUUCCUGGCAUCGAAAUAGGCGUUGUCCCAUGGGACAUGAUGCCCACUCGGGAAGAGGACUCAGAUGCGCGGAUCAUGAGCUUCGAUCUGCGAUGUGGCGACCAUCAUGGAGACAAGAAUUCACGUGAAGAGUACACGAUCGUGAUGGCAUACUCAAACGGAAAGGCAAAAGUAGUACGAUACACUUCGGCACCCGUCAGGGACGAAGCGAUGUUCGAGACGGUCCGAGAAAUCAGCUACGGUUCCUUCUGCGUGAUGCAGGCUUUCUUCCUUUCACCGAGCUUCGUCUCAGCUUCGGGGUUUCGAUCUGACAAGGAGCAUAUCGGAGCGCUGUCGGCGGGCACGAAUGGAUUUUUGAAUCUCAGUCUUUUGGAGUCCUACUCUGUACCUACCCAGUCCGCCGCUUCGCCCGCUGCGGAGCCGCUGUCACAGAUGGAGGUCCACAGAGUGCACCAGAGUAGCAUUCUUGCUAUGGACAUGGUGUCGCUCAGCUCAACUACCUACCUCGUUGCGACAGGUGGCGAUGACAACGCGCUAGGCCUGACACUGUUUAAUUCUGUGUCUACAUCAAAGAACGCUCUCAAAGGAGAGAUCAACACUGAGAGGCAGGCCCCUCGGAACUUCCGAACGAUCGUCAUCCCUGCCGCUCAUGCCGCCGCCCUCACGGCCCUGAAAACAACGGAGCCCAGGCGCACCGCAACGGGUUAUUCAGUCACUGUGGCCACCGUGGGAAACGACCAGCGCGUCAAUAUCUGGCAUAUUCGUGUCGCCUCGGAGAGAGAUGGUGUUCCUAUUGUUCACAGGGUCGAAGAUGAUGGGCUUUUUCAAACACUACAGGUCGAACUAGUCGGUACUGGAUGGACAGCAGUAGCGGAUGCCAGCGAUCUUGAGAUCAUCGAAGACGGCCACAGUACUAUGGCGAACAACGGCGAGCAUGGCGGGACAGGAGAGUAUGCAUGGAGGAUUUUGGUGGGCGGCGUAGGGAUGGAACUGUUGAGAGUGGUCCCAAGAGCGGGCACGAAUCCAGAUACGCUUGAAAGAUAA